GCAGUUGCCGGCAGAUCAGACAGAAGCAACAGAAACACAGACUUACUUCACUGUACGCUCGCCAAACAAACACAGUCUGUUUUGUAUCGGUCGGUACGAAAUCAAUGAGGGGAGUAUCACAUGCUUCCAGUACUUCCUCCUUUAAAUUAUUAUCAAAUCCUUUAAAACAAACCUACUUAAUAAUUUAUUUUUAAAUAAAAACACCGUUUGUUUUUAGUCUGUUAAUUUCUCAACGCGUAAAACAAUUGAUGCGAUUUAUUUUGUCAGUUAUUAUCAGAAAUGUGUAAAAUUCGGUGUGGCUGUUUACAAAAAUCGGAAAUAGCAUGUGAUUAUUUAUUGUUUGUUUAAAUAAUUUGGUGUGGCAGUGUGCUGAAAUGUGAAACGCGAAAUUUGAGAAGACCAUCAGCAAGGAUAUAGCAAAAAAUUUAGAUUUUAUGUGAGAUAUUUUUGAAUAGAAAGAAGAACCACUGAAAAUGGCAAAAAUACCAACAAGAUUUUGGAUUGCCGUCAUGGUGUUUGCCACAACCUACAUCAACUACACAACAAGGAGCAACAUGUCAAUAAGUAUUACCUCUAUGGUAGCCAGGUCAAAAGAGAAGGCAGUACCUGAAUGUAAAAGAAAUGAAUCACAUAUCGAGGGUGGGAACCAUACAGUAAAAUCUUUACCAAACUAUGGGCCAAGGUAUGAUUGGAACGAAGAUAUACAAGGCUUUAUCUUAGGAUCAUAUUUUUGGGGUUAUGUGAUAUCGAGCGCUCCUGGAGGUUUUAUAGCUGAAUGGUUGGGACCUUUUAACACAAUAUUCUACACACAAAUAGUCACUGCCAUUUUCAACUCUUUGUGUGUAUGGGGAGCUGAGUGGCACUAUGGAUUUUUGAUAUUUUGCCGAUUUAUUUUGGGUUUAAUGGCGGGAACUAUUUACCCAGCUCUACAAUGCCUCAUAGCUCGCUGGGCUCCUCCAGCCGAAAAGGGCAAAUUCGUAAGUGCCCUUAUGGGCAACACCCUGGGCACAUGCCUCACCUGGGUCCUGGUGGGUAUGAUCACCGCAGCCGUUGGAUGGGAUUGGGGGUUCCAUUUCUUGACCGUACAAAUCGGGGUGUAUUGUCUGGUAUUCUGGUUCGUGGUGGCCGAUAGUCCUGACCAACACAAGUGGAUCACCGAAGAAGAGAAGGAUUUUAUCAAAAAGUCACAGGCAAAGACUGUGUCCAAAGCCAAGGUCGUACCACCUUACUGGAAAAUAUUCACUUCCAUACCGUUUUGGGCAUUGUGCAUUCUGCAUUUUGGUAAUUUAUGGGGACUUUACCUUCAAAUCACUGGAGUACCAAAAUUCAUGGUAGAGGUCAUCGGAUUUAAUAUCAAGGCUUCUGGUGGUUUAGCCGCUUUACCCCAUCUUCUCAGAAUGUUCUUCGGAAUAGGAUUUGGAUACAUAGGCGACAAAAUCAAGUCGAAAAAACUAAUAGGCACUACUUUAACCAGAAAGCUUUUUGUAAUUUUCUCUCAUAUUGUCCCAGGAAUAUUGCUGAUGUGUAUGACGUUAGUCAAAUGUGACUACAUAGGAGCUGUUCUUAUAUUAAUCUUCAGCAUGUCCAUCAAUGGAGCAGCUGUAAUAACCAAUUUACAGAAUGCUCAAGACUUGGCACCUAACUUUGCCGGAACUAUUUUUGGAAUUAUCAGUUUGAUAGGUGGUACUACUGGUUUUAUAACACCAGCAGUUACAGGAGCAUUAAUGGCAGAAAAUAAUGGUAUACACGAAUGGUCCCAAAACUUUAUUAUCGGAGGCAGCGUCUACGUUGGAUGUGGAUUGUUCUUCAUAUUAUUCGGAACAUCCGAAAUGCAAUCAUGGAACAGUAAAACUCCUGUCAAAGAUACUGAAGAAGGAGUCUCAUUCAAGGAAGUUGACGAGCAGGACGAUGAGAAGCAAAAACCAAACGAAACAACCAAAUUAAAUUCGUAGACUGUUAAGUUGUGCAUUUUUGUGUGAAUGUAUUUAGUGUGAAAUAGUUUAAAGUGUAAAUUAUUUUUAAUAAUAAUAUAAAAGACUUAUCAUUUUUA